AGACAUUUUCUUUUCGGUUUUUUAGUUUUGAGUUUAACUUUCACUCCAAAGGCUUCAAAGACAGGACAACAUGCAAAUGCAACAGCUAAUAAAUUGAAGAAGCUUUAGGUCACAUUUUGCUUUGUUAGUUCUCAUUUUCUGUUUCACUCUUUUCCAUGGAAUUGUAGAUUUGAGGCCAAGAGGUUCCACGUUUGUCAGGUUGUGAUCUCAGAAUGGGGAAAUCACCAGGAAAAUGGAUCAAAACUGUACUAUUUGGGAAAAAGUCGUCUAAAUCAAAUAUUUCAAAAGGAAGAGAGAAGCUUGUUAAUAGAAAAAAAGAAGUGAUCACUUCCAACGUGUUGGAAAAUGAUUUGGAUUUAGAUCCAAACCCCAAUAAGAUUGACAGAAAUGAGGAGGACCUUGAACUAGAGAAUGAAGAAUCAGAAAAUAUUUUACCGGGGAACCAAGAAAGAGACAUCAUAGGAUCUGUUGACCAAGAUGCACCACCUGAUCCAGAGAAAAUCCGGCAGAAGGAAGCAGCAACAAAGGCACAGGCUGCUUUUAGGGGUUAUUUGGCGCGCAGGGCAUUUAGGGCCCUAAAAGGCAUAAUAAGGUUGCAAGCACUUAUUCGUGGGCACUUGGUUAGGAGACAAGCUGUUGUUACACUAUGCUGUAUGUAUGGGAUUGUAAAGUUACAAGCACUUGUUCGUGGAGGAAGGGUUAGGCAGUCUGAUGUUGGAUUUGAAUUCUGUGACAAGCGCAAUCUACUUAAGUCUCUGGAUGGCAAAUUUGGUGAGCCAGUUGGAAUUUCCACAAAAAUUUCAAGGCUUUCAGCAAAUAGGUUCAUCUGUAAGCUUCUUGCUUCAUCAACUACAAUAACGGCCCUGCACCUGCAAUAUUUAAGUGGAGAUCCAAAUUCACUCUUUAGCUGGUUAGAGCGCUGGUCAGCAUCUUACUUUUGGAAACCGGUUCCCCAACCCAAGAAAAUUCGAGACUCUAAAUCUCAGAGAAAGCAGGGCAACAUUUCAAAUGGAGAAGCUCAAAUUAGCAAGUCGAGACGUACAAACAGGAAGCUUCCUAUUGCAAAUUUUGAAUCAGUCCCAGUUCAAACAAAUCCUGAAUUUGAGAAACCAAAACGUAACUUAAGGAAAAUCUCAAACCAACUGUCAGAUCCAGAGCAAGAAAACCCACAAAGUGAGCUUGAAAAGGUUAAAUGUAACUUGAGAAAGAUUCAUAACCCUGUUGUUGAGAAUGCUAUUCUGUCAGAAGUUGGAUGUGAGACCCCAAAGCAGCAUUUGGAAAAGGCAACAGUUAUUGCAGAUCAUGCUGUUUCAGAACAAGGGAUCAUCACUUCUGAUGAAAAGGUCAAGAAGGAAGCAACUUCAACCAUUUCCAAUGUACCUGAUGUAGAAAUUAUGCCAAGACCAACAGUUAACAUGGAGGUGUCAGACAUUCCAAGCAGUUAUCAAGUGUCUGUGGACUCAAAACCCUUGGCAGAGACUAUAAUUAAAGAUAGAAACACUUCUGAUGAAGUUAACAAGGAACUGAGCAAUCUACCUGACGCUAUUUUUAAAGAUGAAAAUUAUCCAUUAACAAAUGGAGAUUUGAUUCAUAAAGGAGAACUACCAGGUAAUGAAAAGCAGAAACCCACCCGGAAAGCCUCAAAUUUGGCUAAGCAGGAGAAUGCAGAAAAUGGUUUAAAGAAUAGUCCAAAAUUACCAAGUUAUAUGGCAGCAACUGAAUCUGCAAAGGCAAAGUUGAGGACACAAGCGUUCCCAAGGUUUGGACAAGAUGGAAUUGACGUAAACAAUACUGCUGAGCGACAUUCUCUGUCGUCUUCAACUAACAACAAGAUUAGUUCACAAUCACCUAGGACACACAAAUCAGUUCAAGCAGGUGGUAAAGGGGGCCACAGAAGUGACAGAACUACACCAUCUUCUAGAGGUCUUGUCUUGCAGGGAAGGUAAUUCAAGCAGAGUGGAGGAGGUGAUACGAAGACUGGUUUUCAGGGGUUGAACAAGAGGAAGAAAAUCGUGUGGGGCCAACUAUGAUGAGAGUUUUUGAAAUGAUAGGACCAUGGUAUGAGCUGGUUUGAUCGGCUUCUUAUUUUUCCUGCAUUCUGGGUAUUUGAGGGUGAGUUGUACGAUAUAGGUUUUACGUUUUGCACGCUGCAACUUUACAAGUCUAUGUUCUGUUUGUUUCUGGCAUGAUUCCUUGGCUGUCCAUAUCAUAUUUCUCCCCCCCUCAGUGUGUAUGACCAUUAACUUGAUGUACCUUCAUUUGUGUUCCUAAACUUCUCUGUGUGGACAAAUAUAGUCCGGUAACAUGAAUAAACUCAUACGAGAUUUCUUCAGCCUUC